CCUUCCGCGCCGAACGCGGCUCGCCACUCUUCCUCCUCCUCCCCCCUUCCCGUAGGCGCCUUCGUCGUCCUCGCCCCAGCCUUGCGGACGCUGCUGCCGUGGAUCGCAGAUCGACCCUGACUCUGCCCGAUUUCUUCUCUCGUCGAGUGUGGAAAACCCUGCAAUGAAAUGGAAAAAUACUUUGAGGGAAAUGGCACCCCUGAGGUCCACAGGCAGAUUCUUUCGACGCCAUCCUUCAGCUCUCUGCUUACUGAUUUUCCUACUUGUAUUGUACAAGUAUUUCUUCGGCUGGUUCACCCUCAUCGUGACCACAUCACCUAUCUUCCUAAUCGCUGGCGUCUUUCUUGGAAUACUCUUGGCAUACGGUGAACCAAACAAUCCUGAAAAAGAUCAUGUCUACAAAAAAAUUGAGAAUGCUCGGAGUUCAGAUAUCCAUGGUAGCAGCAAAUCUGUUAGGGGUGUACCUCUUCCUACAAUUCCGUCCGGUGAAGAGAGAGUGGCGAAGCACAAAAACAGGGUUAAGAAAAUUAGGAAGCGAUCUCAUGGUGUAGCUUCUUCUGAACCAGGAUCAAGUGAAUCAGGUGGUUCAGAUACUGAUACUGCUCCAAUGCUUCAUGCAUUUCAUCAUCUUAGGUCGGGCAGCAAUUCAUCACAGUCCUCUCAAGAUGUUGACUCCAAUGACAGCAGCACUGAAGAUGGAGCGGAAAACCAACAGGGCAGUGAUGGCAACGUACGCAAGGAGAAACAUCAUGCUAAAGUUGUAGCAUGGACUGCUGACGACCAGAAGAACAUACUGAAAAUCGGGUGCUUGGAGAUUGAGCGUAACCAAAGGUUGGAGACCCUAAUUGCUAGGCGUCGGGCAAGAAAACACGCAGACAGGAACUUGAUAGAAUUUGGUAGCACUGAUUGCUUACCCACUAUUGAAGAACUAUCAAAGUUCAAUGUUCAAAUUCCUGCUGUUUUUGCUCCUAGGAAAAAUCCUUUCGAUCUUCCUUACAAUGAAGAUAACUUCCCAGAUUCUGCUCCAUCUGCGUUGUUGGAAACAGGAAACCCAUUUGAUCUACCAACUGAGCAAGCAAAUGAGAGCAGCUCCAAUGGAGGAGCCAACUCAAGCCAUGCUGAACCUAUUCCUGUAGCAUGUCAAUUACAGAGGAGUGCACUGUUGAGGAGGCAUGAGAGCUUCACUGAAGGAGCACCAUUCCUUAGUGAAUUUUUGCAAGAUACACAGCCUUCCCGAUUCAGACCAUACUUCAUGACAGAAAAAAUGGCUAACGAGGGAAUGCCAGAUCCAGUUCUUGAAGGAGAAACUAGUGAAAAGAGCAACUCCAAGGCCAGCUCUGCUCAAGACUCUGCUAGUACUUCUUCAGUUGCUGACCAAGAAAGCCAGAAAGAUGUUCUGGAGGAUUGCUCAAACCAAGGACAACAAUCUUCUUUCACUCAAACGGAGGAACAUGCACAUAUAGCUCGGCAUGUAAGGGAGGUUUCUCUUGCCCUUGACAUGGAGCCACCUGUAUUAAUUAGUGAUUCCUCUGAUGAUGACAUAUCACUGUCUGGUGAACAUAUAAAUGAUUGGGAGGAAGCACAACAGAGUGAAAAUUUCAGUUUUUCUCAGAAUACAUCACUACAGGAUCCUAGUGUCACGCAACACCAUCAAGAAAUAGAUAUGACAAGCAAUGGAUUGAAUCAGAUGUCCCCACAUUCAAAUGAUCUCGAGCUGACAUCAACAUCAACUGAAACUACUGAUGAUCCUUUUGAAAUGAAUGACAUUGAACCACCAGCCAAGGAAGUGGUCGUCAUUGAUGAUACCCACGUUCUGGAUCCUGUUCCUGUAUACGAUUCAAGUCCAUCUGGAAGCGAGAGGCCCGCACCUAUUGGUUUAGUAACUGAUGGAGCUGUCUUGAAAGAUGGUCAUGUUCGUACUCUUGAUGCUGAAGCAAGCGUCGAAGAAGGGGUUUCACCAUCAAGAAUGGAGGCUUCUUCUAGUGAGGUAGCUGAACUUAGUUUGAGUUCUGUGGAGGAAAGCAAAUUUCUAGAGAAAGAAGUCUCUGAGAUAAGAGAGCAGUCCAUGGUUGGCCAUGUCGAAGCACAUGGAGGUUCUGUCAGUCAUGCUGAUCCUUCAGUAUGUGAUAUAAGUUCUCAGCCAAGUACUGGAAGUUCAACAAAUGGUGAUUCUGGCAGUAGUGCCACACCAUCCUCCACAAACGCAGUUCUUUAGUUUCCAGAAAAUGACAGCAGCACCGAGCAUCAGGUUGGACAUCUUCGGCAGUAUUCCAAGGCGAUUUUUAUGGGGGCCGAGUUCUUGCUGAGUAACACUGGGAGGGAAUAUGUUUCUUGCAAAGGAUUUCUUAGUGCUUCAAAGGGACUAGGCAACAUGUUGGACCUGUAUUAGUCUGGAUUUAUACUGAAGAAGAUAUGCAUGCAACAUUAGCAUUAGCACUUCACUGUAAAAUGGCUAGAUAUGGUUCUUUCGGUCUCUUUCUCGAUUGUGAAUACCUUGUGGACUGUCAAUUUUGUGCUGUAAUUUGUCAGUCCGCUGCUUCAAGUACCUUAGUUUUAUGAAUUGCUUCUGGAACUCA